CUGGCCAUCAGCCAAGCUGUAUGAUUGUCAUCUGAAGGCUACGGAAUAAGUACCGUGUGAUUACAAUGGAGUUCUUCGAAACAGCUGUCUCUGCUCUACUUGGGUUCAUGGCGGCCACAGUGUUCAUUCUCUAUUGGUUUUCAACUUCUACGUUUCAUUACUGGAAGAAUAAAGGAGUGAAGUCGUUGAAACCAUCACCACUCUUCGGGAACAUAAAACAUUUCGUUUUAUGUAAACUUUCACCAUCUGAGGUAUUUCAGGAUUUGUACAAUAAGUUUGAUGGGGAAAGGUAUGGAGGUAUCCACCUGGCUCGAAAGCCAGUGCUUUUAAUUCGUGAUCCCGAACUUAUGAAGCACAUACUUUUAAAGGAUUUUGCAUAUUUUCCUGGUAAAGGAAAUCAUCCGGACUUAAAAAAGGACCCACUUUCAUACAACUUAUUCAAUCUUGAGGGAGAAAAGUGGAAAUAUAUCAGGACAAAACUGACGCCAGCAUUUACACCAGGUAAACUGAAAAUCGUGUAUCAACAUAUUGAUCAUUAUUCUGAAAAGCUUAUUGAACACUUGGAAGAACACGCAAAGAAUAAAGAUAUAAUUGAUAUGUACAAUAUAUUGGUGAAUUUCACAAUGGAUGCAACUGGUUCAUGCGCUUUCGGGGUGGAGGCAAAUGCAAUGGAUGACGAAGAUUCGGCUUUCAAGAAAAUGGGUCAUCGUAUCAUACAUGCUAAUGGCAGUACAUACAUUGACAUUCUGGAAUCUAUUUUCCCGAUUCUGCCAAGAUUUUUCCGAAUAUCAACUUUUCCUCGUGACGUCACAACUUUCUUCCAAAUGGUUAUUAAGAAAAUCAUGGAAUAUCGAGAACAGAAUCACAUAAUGAAGAAAGACGUAAUGCAUCUGUUGAUGCUCGCCAGAAACAAGACAGCUGACGACAGCAACAAUGAAGAUACUCAAGAGUGUCUACAAACGGGCAACGAAAAGUCAUCAAACAUCAGAGAUGAAGGUUUCAAUGAAGCAGUGUUGACAGCUCAAGCUGCCAUGUUCCUCCGAGCGGGCAGUGAGAAAGCGUCCACAGCCAUGAGCUUUUGUCUGAACGAACUGGCCCUACAGCCGGCGCUGCAGUCCGAACUUCGAGCCGAGAUUGAGGCAGCGAAGGAAGAGCACAGUGGUAAACUGACGUACGAAACAGUACUUGGAUUGAAGCUGCUGGACAGGGUUGUAUCAGAAACAUUGCGGAAAUAUCCUCUGGAAGCCAGUAUAUUUCGAGUCUGCAAGAAACCAUACAACAUCCCUGGUACGUCAGUUCAACUAGACAAAGGUACCAGGGUUCUGAUUCCGGUAUACGCACUACACCAUGAUCCGAAGUAUUAUCCAGAACCAGAAAGAUUCGACCCUGAUAGAUUCACAGACAUUAAUAAGAGCUCUAGGCAGCAGUUCACUUACCUCCCAUUCGGCGAGGGACCCCGCGUAUGCAUAGGGUUCAGAUAUGGCAUGCUACAGGUUAAGGUGGGCCUAGCCGCACUGUUGCUUCACUAUGAAUUCAGCGCAUGCCAUAAGACUAAGGCCUGUCCAGAACUCAACACUCGAACUUGGAUCACUUCACCAGCCAGCGGAAUGUGGCUAAGAAUCCAUGAGAGAAAGUGACGUUAGAAUAAAAAGCCAGUACGUUUUCCAACUGAGAAAACAGACUUCACAGGACACGGUUAGAUCGAACUAUGGGCUUUAAAAAAUUAGAUUUAUAAUUAUUUUAUUUACUUAAAGGUAUAUAUAAGUUACCAGGAAUGGAUUAGUCUACUGGGGAUCAUCAAACAAUUUAAUAAUUUAAUUGUAUAGUUAAACCUGUUAAUGAUAACAUUUUAUCUUAGGCAAUAAUUUUAUUAUUUCUGUAAAACUAAAACAGUAUAUUUCUUUCCUGCCAUUUGCUUCCAGUAUAAUCUGUGUUCAUGAUAUGAACUCAUAUAAAAAUACUAAAACCAAUUAAAAUUGCUACAUUUAACAUAAAAAUUCACAUUUAAACCACUUUUAUUUCUGGAAUUUCCAGUACCAAUAUGCCAUUUGUUAUCAAAGGAAUCAGUACAGCAUCUUUUGAAUAGUAGUAGUAGUAUAAGUUAUUUUAUAUAUAAUUUAUAUAUUAUUCCUGCUUGUUGAAAGUAUCCUUGUGCUUAAGCACUGCAUACACAAAAAUUACAAUAAAUAAAUUCAAGUAUUUGAGAAGAACAAUAACAAAUCAAACUUACAUUCAUGACAAAGUUAAAAGGAUAUUACAUUCUGGGAGUGCUUGCUACAAUUCAGUUCAAAAAGUUGUCUUCCUACCCCCAAUACAAAAACCUAACCUAACAUAACAUAACCUAACCUAACCUAACAUUACAAUAUAAAAAUCUAUAAUGUUACAUAUUGUUUUAUAUGGGCAUGAGAGUUGGUCUCAUACCGUAAGAGGAGAACAUAACAUACACUCAGAGUGCUUG